AUGGUGGAAGGAGAAGAAAAAGCUUAUCACAGAGAGUCGAACACAAGCUGGGGUUGGCGGUUAAUUCUGUUACUAUAUAUAUCUCUCGUUGCCGCAGCUGCUACCCUCACUCUGCUAAGAAACUUCAACCUCUACUUCCAUUCAAGUCAGGUGACUCAGCUCUCGGCUCGACCCGGACCUGUAGUACAAAACUACGCCAACGCUCUUCAACUCGCCACCCAAUUCUUCGACGCCCAAAAAUCUGGGAAGCUGAUGAAGAACCGGGUCGCGUGGAGAGGCGACUCGGGGCUCCAAGAUGGGAGUGAGGAGGGGUUAGACUUAUCAAAGGGGAUGUAUGAUGCUGGUGAUCUUUUAAAGUUUGGGUUUCCUAUGGCUUUCACUGCAACAGUUUUGUCUUGGGCUAUUCUUGAAUAUGGGGACCAAAUGAAAGAGGUGAAGCAAUUGGGUCAUGCCCAUGACUCGCUGAAGUGGAUCACUGAUUACUUGAUCAAUGCACAUCCUUCCCCAAAUGUGCUCUAUAUCCAGGUACUCAUUGCUUGCAAAGUUACAGUGGGUGAUCCUGAAUUAGACCACAAUUGUUGGCAAAGACCUGAAACCAUGACAGAGAGAAGGCCCCUAGUUAAAAUCAACACAUCUUUCCCAGGAACAGAAGUGGCAGCAGAAACAGCAGCAGCUAUGGCAUCAGCAUCUCUUGUUUUCAGGAAAAUCGACUCCUCAUACUCAAAAUCGCUCCUCAAGCAUGCCGAGCAGCUGUUUAAUUUUGCCGAUACUUAUAGAGGUUCUUACAGUGCCAGCAUACCCCAAGUGCAGGGGUUCUACAACUCUUCAGGAUAUGCAGAUGAGCUAUUGUGGGCAGCUACCUGGCUCUACCAUGCAACUGGAGAUCUGGACUACCUCAAGUAUGUGACCGAACAGAACGGGCCAGCAUUUGCUAACUGGGGAAGUCCAUCUUGGUUUAGUUGGGAUGACAAGCAUGCUGCAACUCAAGUACAUUUAGUUCUUAAUCCAACUCCACAGAGUUCUGUUUGUCCCAUUGUGGAGCAGGUUUUGAUGUCCAGGAUAAGUUUCUUCGGUGCAAAAGAGCUCCUUAUGGCAGAGAACCUUGAUCUCCAGAUGUACCGAAAAACUGCAGAGGUCUUCUUGUGUGGACUUAUUCCUGAUUCGCCUACGGCCGCACCUGACAGAACAGACAAUGGUCUGAUAUGGGUGGAAGAAUGGAACUGUCUACAACAUGCUAUGUCUUCAGCCUUUCUAGCAGUUCUCUAUAGCGACUACAUGGUUACGUCUCAGACUGAAAUGCUGUAUUGUGAUGGGAAAAUUUACAAGCCCGAAGAUCUUCGUAGCUUCUCCAUCUCUCAGGCAGAUUAUGCGUUGGGAAAAAAUCCGAUGAAGAUGAGUUAUCUUGUAGGGUAUGGGGGUAACUACCCUCAACAAGUGCACCAUAGGGGAUCUUCAAUUCCUGUUGAUGCAGACACUGGCUGCAGAGAUGGGUUUAAAUGGCUGUACUCCCCCGAUCCGAAUCCAAAUGUAGCUGUUGGUGCCCUGGUUGGUGGCCCUUUUCAGAAUGAUAGCUAUAUGGAUAUCAGGAACAAUUCAAAGCAAGGUGAACCAAGCACUUACAAUAGUGCUCUCAUUGUUGCCCUACUCUCUGGCUUAGUUUCCACUUCUUCGGUGCCCAAGCACUUAUAA